AUGCUGAACUUAACAAAAACCUCUUGUGGAAAAAGUCAUGAACGAUGUGAUCCAGAUAUAUCCGGUAGCGAGAACGAUGCUUUGCUACGUUCAAGAGAUCGUUUUCUUGUUCAAAAUUUCAUUCUCGUUUGGUUAGACUCAAGCAUGAAUGAGUUCGAUGAUGAUUCCAAUACAAUUAAUCAACUCCGACAAAUCGUCAAUACAAUCGAUGUUUUCAGUGAUGUUGACGAAUGCAUCGAUGUUAUUACUGAAAUCGAGGACGAAAAAGUCUUUAUGAUUGUGUCAGGUGCUCUUGGUCAAACACUUGUUCCUCUUAUUCAUCAAAUGACUCAACUGCACUCUAUUUAUGUCUUCUGCCACGAUGCGAGCAAAUAUGAGGUGGUGCAGUAUGGUUGGACAAAAGUUAAAGGAUACUUCUCCCAAAUUGAGCCCCUUUGCAAAUUACUGAAGCAAGACACGAAGCAAUGUAACCAUGAUUCAUAUUCCAUCAGCAUUGUUCCUCCAGAUGAUUACUCAAACAAAAACUUGAAUGAGCUUCCACCAUUGUUUAUGUAUUCACAGCUACUGAAAGAGAUCUUGCUCGAUUUUGACUAUGACAAGCAUGCAAAGGAAGAAUUUGUUCGACUGCUGCGAGAACUGUAUCAUGGUAAUACAUCUCAGUUGAAAAUCAUCGACCGAUUCGAGAAAGAUUAUGAGCCUCAUUUAGCCAUUCUCUGGUAUACGACAGAGGUAUUCAUGUAUUACAUACUCAAUCGAGCUUUGCGAACUAUGGAGACUAAUAUUUUGAUCAAGAUGGGUUUCUUCAUAUAUGAUCUACAUCAACAGAUCGAACAGCUGCACGUUCAGCAAUUGAAAAGCCGAAUUUUACGGACUGUUUAUCGAGGACAACAGAUGUUUAAUAGUGAUUUCGAGAAACUAUCCAACAGUAAAGGUGGUCUGCUGUCGUUCAACAACUUUUUAUCGACGAGUACUAAUCCAGAAGUGUCUAAUAUGUUUUCUUCAGGUACACCAGUUGAUCCUAACAUGACUGCGGUUCGAUUUAUAAUCGAAAUCGAUCCUCAUAUUACAUCCGUCCCGUUUGCCUCUUUAGGGAAUCUGAGUAACUUUGAGGAAGAAAACGAAAUUCUAUUCUCGAUGCACAUGGUAUUUCGCAUUGUUUACGUUGAACCAAUAGAAAAUCGUCUAUGGCGAGUAGGUCUCAAAGUGGCCAAUUCCAAUGAUGAUCAAGAUCUGAGGCAACUUACAGAACGCAUACAAAGAGAAACACAUGGAGGAACAGGUUGGAUCCGACUGGGUAAAUUGCUCAUGAAAAUGGCAAACUUCAAAAAGGCCGAAGACGUGUAUCAGACACAAUUGAAAAAUACAUCCAUGGAGAAUCAAAAUGAAAUGCUUCACCUAUAUCUAGGCCUUGGAAGGUUCAAAGCAGGACAAGGAGAAUAUAAACAAGCCCUCGAAUUCUAUCAAAAGACACUUGAAAUCCAACGAAAAUCGCUCUCUCCAAAUCAUUCUAGCUUAGCUACCACCUAUAACAAUAUUGCUUCAGUAUAUGGUUACAUGGGAGAGUAUUCCAAUGCAUUGGAUUUUUGUCAAAAGACACUUGAAAUUCAAGAAAAAUCUCUUCUUCCAAAUCAUUGGAGUUUGGCUAUUACUUAUGGGAAUAUUGGCUUUAUAUAUUUACACAUGGGCGAGUACUUGAAAGCACUUAACUUCUAUCAAAAGUCACUAGAAAUUGAACAACUAGCUCUUCCUUCAAAUCAUCCAGAUUUAGCGAUUACCUACAAUUGCAUCGGCGGGGUACAUCACAGCAUGGGAGAUUACUCUAAAUCACUCGAAUUCUAUCGAAAGGCACUUGAAGCCAAUCAUAAAUCACUGCCUCCAAAUCAUCCCGAUAUAGCUGCUUCGUACAAUAAUAUCGCAGGGGCGCACUUUGACAUGGAACAAUAUUCACAAGCACUUGAGUUUUAUCACAAAGCGCUCGAAAUCAUCCAGAAUGCUCUUGCCCCGAAUCAUCCCAGUUUAGCAGUUGUCUACGAAAACAUCGGGGGGAUACAUUUAAAGAUGGAAGAAUAUUCCAUAGCAUUGGAGUGCUUUCAAAAGACACUUGAAAUCCAAACAAAAUCUCUAUCUGUAAAUCAUCCCAGCUUGGCUGUCACCUACAACAAUAUUGGUUUGUUGCAUUACAAAAGGGGAGAUUAUUCGAUUGCACUUGAGUUCUAUCAAAAGACGGUUAGCAUGUGGGAAAAAUCUCUCCCUACAGAUCAUCCCAAUUUGGCCGUUACGUACAAUAAUAUCGGUCACAUUUAUGAGAAAAUGGGCGAGUACUCGAAAGCACUGAAUGUCUAUCAAAAGUCACUCGAUAUCAGACAAUACUCUCUUCCCCCAAAUCAUCCAGAUCUGGCUGUUGUUUACAGCUCAAUUGGCUCAAUACAUCUAAAGAUGAACAAUUCCCAAAAAGCGCUCGAGUCCUAUCUAAAGACGCUUGAGAUUCGACAAAAGUUUCUUCCUCAAAAUCAUCUUAGUUUAGCUAUUACUUACAACAACAUAGGUCAUGCUUAUAACAACAUGGGGAAGUAUUCGACAGCACUCGAUUUCCAUGAGAGGGCCUUGGAAAUUCAACAAGAACUCCUUCCUCCGAAUCAUCCGGAUUUUGCUAUUACGUACAACAACAUUGGUCAAAUACAUGACGAGAUGGGUGAAUAUUCGAAAGCACUCGAGUUCUACCAAAAAACGCUAGAAAUUCAACAAAAAUCGGUCUCUCCGAGUGACCUGAAUUUGGCCAGUACCUACAAUAACAUCGGUCUGGUUUGUUACAACAUGGGAGAAUGUGCGAAAGCACUAGAAUUCUAUCAGGAAACACUCGAAAUCCGACAACGAUCUCUCCCUCCAAAUCAUCCAGGUUUAGCAAGUACUUACAACUGCAUCGGUGUUGUGCACUUGAACAAAGGAGACUAUCUAAAAGCACUCGAAUUCUAUCAAAAGACAUUAGAAAUAAUUCAACAAUCAUACCCUCCAAAUCAUCUUAGUUUUGGUGCUACAUACAACAACAUCGGCUUGAUACAUUACCAUAUGGAAGAUUACUCGAAAGCUCUUGAUUUCUAUGAAAAAGCACUCAAAAUUGACCAACAAUCACUCGCUCCAAAUCAUCCUAGUUUAGCUACUACGUAUAAGAACAUCGGUUUAGUGUAUGACAGCAUGAGAGACUACUCGAACGCAUUCGAAUCUCAACGAAAAGCUCUUGAAAUUCGACAAAACGCGCUGCACCCUGAUCAUCCAGAUUUGGCUCAAAGCUAUAACAACAUUGGUCAGAUCCAUGAUCACAUGGGAGAGUACUCAAAAGCAAUACCAUUCUAUGAACGUGCUGUCGUCAUUGGACAACAUUCACUACCUGAAAAUCAUCCACAUCUUCAAUUGUACGAAAAAUGCCUUGCCGAAGUACAAAAAAAGUUGUAA